CGACAAUCUAAAAGACAUCGCUCGAUUAUACAAUGAAUUUCGUAUUCAACCUAAUCAUCGCGCUUGGUACGCAAAACAAACAUUGACAUAGUAGUGAACUAGAUACCGCCAAACAUGACAGAGAAUGGUCAUAAACAAAAGAAUCCUUUAAAGCAAGCUUCUGACAGUGGAAAGCGCAGUACCAAACCGCAAAGAGAAACAAUAAGUCGACAUGCAAGUGGAUUAGACAAUCUGAAUGACCUUGCAAAAGAUCUCCCAAAGUUGACAAAAGAGCCGGUAAAUACUUCCAAAAACAAACAUUCUUCGAAUUUCCGCGCCUUGCAGAGCUUAGGCAAACAGGAAAUACAAGUGAAUUCGCCAAAGGCCGAAUUGCCUAUUGUAUCACCAGAAAAAAUAGAUGCCAUCUUCUCUCCAAAAUCGAGGACGAAGACUCCAGUAAAAUCACCACCGAAGACGCCUUCUCGUCCAAAACCUACCGAAACUGACAAAAAGCAUUGGGACGUAGACCCAUUUGCUCCCAUACCAGUAAAUUCCUCCGCAUGGAAAUCAUCUUAUAAUAAAAAUAUAAGAAAAAUAAGCAAACCUACUUCAGAAAAACCUGCUAGCGAUGCUUUUGUCAUCCAGACACCAAAGAACGAUGCACCAACAUGGUUGAAUUCGCCGGUUCAACCAAAGACACCUAGUUCUCCCAUUUCUACGCCUCCUCGAAGAAACUAUGGAAUAGAUAAAUUUGCUUCCGAAGAUUAUGUUGAUCCUGAAAAGACUCAGGAACUUUUAAAAGACCUCUUUGCAGGAUCAUUCGUCGAAACCGAACAGAAUCUUGGACAGGAGAAAGAGCAAUCUAUCAAAGGGUUGAAGCUAUCUUUACUCCCUCACCAAAUACAAGGACUGCGAUGGUUGAAGAGACGAGAAAAUGAUGAUCAUGAUGACGAGGAAAAUUAUACGACAAUCAAAAAAACAUCAGAAAAAGAGAAUAAAUCUUACGGUGGUAUCCUUGCUGAUGAUAUGGGUCUAGGGAAAACUAUACAGACAAUUUCGUUAAUUCUAUCACAUCCAUGUCAUGAAGAACUGUUGGAGACAAUUCAUAAUAAAGGAUUUUCUUUCAAACCCUGUCGGUCUACUUUGGUGAUUGCACCCUUGAGUUUGAUAAAACAAUGGGAAGAAGAGUUACACAGUAAAAGCAACUUAAAAGCUUUGGUGUAUCAUGGUGCGAACAGAAAGACAUAUCUAAACUCUAUAAAUGAUUAUGAUGUGCUUAUCACUACUUACCAGACCCUCGUUUCAGAAAACGCGCCCGAGAAGAAAGAUGAGAGCUGUAAAAGUACACUCAGUUUGUUUUCCUUUUUAUGGUGGAGGGUUAUUUUAGACGAAGCACAUACAAUUAAAAAUAAGGCUUCCAAGACCUCUGUCUCAUGUUGCUCUUUGGAAAGUAUAAACCGUUGGUGCCUUACCGGCACACCACUACAGAAUAACUUGGAUGAAAUAUUCUCCUUAGUUAAAUUUUUGAGGAUACAGCCUCUGAACGACUCUUCCACAUGGAAAGAACAAAUAACACGCCCAGUCACCCAAGGAAAAGGACAAUUAGCUAUCGAGCGCUUACGUGCUUUUCUUUCUGUCAUUAUGUUGCGAAGGACAAAAAAAAUACUUCAAGAAUCAUCUGGAAAGCUUGGAGAUGGAGGGCUUAUGAAGCUACCUAAACGAAUAGUUGAGAAAAUCAGUUGUGAGUUCAGCGAACGUGAAAAAGACUUUUAUCAUUCACUAGAAAAGAAAAGUGAAAAUACCAUGUCAGAAUUCAUAAAGACUGGAGAACUUAACAGAAAUUACACAAAUGUCCUAUGCUUGCUUCUUCGUUUACGGCAAGCAUGUAAUCACCCGAAGCUUUUAAGCACACAUUUAAGGAAUGAUGUUGAAGCGCUUUCUGUUUCAACGAUGAAGAUGGACAAUAAAAAUGGUCUUUCUGAUCAAGCUGUCGACGAUGUCACCUCUAUGCUUGAGGGGAUUGAAAUUGGUCACAACAGUAAAAUACGUUGUGAAAUAUGUUAUACGAUACUUCCUUUAAAUGCGAGUGCUUCAUUUUGCGAUAACUGUUUGGCGAACAUAAAAAAGCUUUCUGACAAUCCUUCUGAGGUAGCAAUGGAUCAAGAAACAUACAUGUCAUCUAAAGUCAAAAAAAUUUUCUGGCUUUUGAAGGGAGAUACAAAGUCAGAAGAAGGAAAGCGUGCACCACCUGGAAAGACAAUUAUAUUUUCUCAAUUUACAACUUUCCUUGAUGUCCUUGAAUCACACCUAAUUGCUUCAAAAAUUAAGUUCGUCCGUUACGAUGGAAAAAUGAGCAAUCCUGCUCGUGAGGAAUCUUUGCGAAAACUAAGAGAUGAUAGCGACGUACAGGUAUUACUUUGCUCUUUGAAAUGUGGAGCGCUAGGCUUAAAUCUAACAUGUGCUAAUCGUGUAAUACUCUCCGAUUUAUGGUGGAAUCCAGCCAUUGAGGAACAAGCUAUUGAUCGAGUUCAUAGGAUUGGACAAAAAAAGGAUGUCUUUGUAUACAAGUUGGUUAUUAAAGGUACGAUAGAAGAAAGGAUUCUCACUUUGCAGGAAGAAAAACGAUUGAUUGCUGAAGGUGCUUUAGGAGAUGGCAAAUCAAAAGUAAAUUCAGGAAAACUCACAAUGAGCGACCUUCUGUAUCUCUUCCAUAAAAAAGCUGAAUUGGACUAAUUGGGAUUCUCUAAAAUCUCUUUACGAUUAAUGAAUUUUAUAGUUAACGAACCUGAUGAUGUCCUUCUUCUACACCUCAAUUAGGUACAUUAUUCUCAAAUCCGGAAAAAUAGAUUGGUUUACAAAUUUAAAGUUAG